CGGGGGUGACGUAAGGGAGGGCGCGCUAUCGGAAGGCAGCGCGCAGGCGCGAGCGGUGAUGCGGUAGAGGCGGUUGGAGUGGUCGCGGCCGCAGCGGCGACCAUGACCCAGCAGGGCGCGGCGCUGCAGAAUUACAACAACGAGCUGGUCAAGUGCAUCGAGGAGUUGUGCCAGAAGCGAGAGGAAUUGGGUCGGCAGAUCCAACAGGAGGAGGAAGAGAAGCAGCGCCUGCAGAAUGAGGUGAGGCAGCUGACGGAGAAGCUGGCCCGAGUCAAUGAGAACUUGGCGCGCAAGAUUGCCUCUCGCAAUGAGUUUGACCGGACCAUCGCGGAGACAGAGGCCGCCUAUCUCAAGAUCCUGGAGAGUUCGCAGACUCUGCUCAGUGUCCUGAAGAGAGAAGCUGGGAACCUGACCAAGGCCACAGCCUCAGAACAGAAGAGCAGCGGCAAGGACAGCUGACCAGCUGCGGGUGGGAGGGGCCUGCCUCCACUGGGCGGAUCAAGGGCUGGGCCUCCGACCAUCUCUUCAGCGUCUUUGCUCUUCACGGUAGCAGCUGCCUCCUUUCGCUGUCUCCGGUACCAAGAGGCCAUUGUCAAGCUCCACCCACCCCAGGUGAUGAGGACAGCCCUGGGUACAGCCCGCCAGGUGGGGUUCCUAGCCCUGGACUCACCCAGGAUUUGGGGAGGGCAGGCUCUGGGUCGUUUCUCAGGGCCUGAGGUCCCCACAUCCCCUUGUGCUGCCAGAAAGGCCCUACUCCCUAGUCUCAGCACCAUGGCAGUGCGCUCACCUUGGUGCCCAGGCCAGGGGAGUGGAUGAGGGGCUGGGGCCCUCCACCUUGGAGCUUGCCCUCGUAGCCUAUGACUUCAAUAAAGAUUGUCUUUGUAAAGAUA